UAAGAGGAGGCGGGUGGCCUGACAUGUGAACAUCGCUAUUCCUGGAUCAUUUUAGCGCAUUUAUCGUAAAAAUAGUUCAGAUUACAUCCCGCCGAUCGAUCUGGCCUCUUAUUUACACCAUAUUGAUGGAUUUAAUGCCUAAAAUUUCACGCCAGUUCAAUCGUUUAUUUACAAGAACUGGAUAAUAAUACACGAGCAACUCUUGCGUACUUUACCACUCUUGGGAAUGGGCAUUUGGUGAGGUUCCCUUUAAAACCCAAGAACCAUGGCAGGAAUAAACAACGCGAACAUGAAAACUUUAGAGGAUUUGACUUUGGACUCGGGCUAUGGAGCAGGGGACUCGUGUAAAUCUUUAAGCCUGUCCUCCUCCAAGUCAAACUCGCAGGCGUUCAUGAACACCCCUCACCGGGGGAACUGGCGGUACUACUCCGGGUCCAUGAACAGUCGCAACAACAGCUGGGAUACGGUGAACACGGUUCUCCCCGAGGACCCAGAGGACAUUUUCUCAAAGUGUCCCCGUUUACCCGACCUCGAGGAGUUUCCGUGGACGGAGGAGGACGUGAGGAGGGUCGUGCGUAAAGGCACAGGAAAGGGCGCUUCGCUCUCCGCGGAGGCUGUGCGCAGGUUGUCAACCCUGAUGCGCAGGGCGCUCAUCCGCAUUUCCAGAGAGGCGCAACGGCUCAGCGUCAUGCACUGUAGAUGCACCCGGUUCGAGAUCCAAAGCGCGAUCCGACUGGUGCUCAGUUGGGCACUGGCUGACCAUUGCGUCUCGGCGACCGUAAAGGCCAUAUCUAUGUACAAUAUGAGCGCAGGAGAGCUAUUGCGCAAGGGCAAGUCGGCCCGGUGUGGGCUUAACUUCUCAGUCGGACGCUUUUUCCGCUGGAUGGUGGACACGCGCAUCUCGGUGCGCAUCCAUGAGUACGCGGCUAUCUGUCUGACCGCGUGCAUGGAGGCGCUCGUGGAGGAGGUGGGCGUGCGCGUGAUGAUGGCGGAGAGGGACAGCGCGACCCCGGGAUGCGUCCUGACGGCGGAUGCGCUGGAGGGAGUCAUCAAUAAUGACGCGGAGCUGUGGGGAGUCCUGCAACAUUAUGAACAUCUCAUAUGUGGGAAAAACGCCAAUG